UUUUUUUUUUAACCUCACCUCACCACCACCACCCCCUGCCCCCCCAGUCCCCGUUGAGAGUUUGACCAGGGCCAGAGUUGGUUGGUACUGGGGGGCCGCUCAUUUUGCGCACUAAGAACCUGGAGGGUGAUUUAAAAAAAUAUAUAUAUAUAUAUAUUUUAUUGUUUUUAUUAUUUAAUUUUUUUGAAAAUUUGGUUUCUACUACUCUCAAUAUCGCUUCACUCCUGAGAUCUGACAAGCCUUUCGAGAUCGCCCCCUUCUCUUCUUCAGGCUCUUCAGAUCAUGAACAAACUAUAUGUUGGGAAUUUAAGUCCUUCGGUUACAGUCGAGGACUUGGAGCAGCUCUUCGGGGAAAGGAAGCUGCCAGCGCCCGAGCAGGUCCUGUUGAAAUCCGGCUAUGCUUUUGUGGACUUCCCCGACCAGAACUCGGCCAUAAAGGCUAUAGAGACUCUCUCUGGUAAAGUUGAAUUGCACGGAAAGCUGAUAGAGGUAGACUACUCUGUUCCCAAAAAGCUAAGGAGUCGGAAGAUCCAGAUCCGGAACAUUCCCCCUCAUCUACAGUGGGAGGUUUUGGAUGGGCUUCUUGCUCAGUAUGGUACUGUAGAAACCGUGGAACAAGUGAACACUGACACAGAAACAGCAGUGGUGAAUGUUACAUACGCAACUAAGGAGGAAGCUAAAGUAGCCAUUGAGAAGCUGACAGGACACCAGUUUGACGACUACUCCCUAAAAGUGUCGUACAUCAUGGACAUGGAUGCUGCCUCGCCCGUUCAGACUCCCCGAACGCGGCGCGGGGGACGGUCCUCCCGGGAUCAGGGCACCCCUCAGCCUGGACCGUCUGGAAGCUUUGGUUCGCCCCGUAUCAGACAGCCGGACUUCCCCCUGCGGAUGCUCGUGCCUACUCAGUUUGUGGGAGCCAUCAUUGGCAAAGAAGGCCUGACCAUCAAGAAUGUCACCAAACAGACGCAGUCCAAGGUGGACAUCCACCGGAAGGAAAAUGCAGGCGCAGCAGAAAAACCCAUCACCAUCCAUUCAACACCCGAGGGGUGCUCCUCCGCCUGCCAGAUGAUCCUGGACAUCAUGCACAAGGAGGCCAACGAGACCAAGACGACGGAGGACAUCCCUCUGAAAAUCCUUGCCCACAACAGCCUGGUGGGUCGACUGAUUGGGAAGGAGGGCCGCAACCUGAAGAAGAUUGAGGAGGAGACAGGGACCAAGAUAACCAUCUCCUCGUUACAAGACUUAACCAUUUACAACCCUGAGAGGACCAUCACAGUGAAGGGAAACUUGGAGGCUUGUUGUAAAGCCGAGGUGGAGAUCACGAAGAAGCUGAGGGAAGCCUACGAGAACGAUAUUGCUGCUAUAAAUCAACAAUCCAACUUGAUCCCAGGUUUAAACCUGAACGCUCUGGGCAUCUUCUCCUCUGGCCUGCCGGUGCUGCCCCCUGCUGCUACUGCUGGACCACGUGGUGCAGUGUCCCCUGUAGCACCAGCAGGAUACAACCCCUUCUUAAGUCACUCUUCACAUCUCAGUGGCCUCUAUGGGGUUCCUCCAGCAAGUGCCAUGCCCCACCAGCACUCACAACAAGCUGCAGAACAGGAGGUCGUCUACCUCUUUAUUCCCACUCAGGCAGUUGGGGCCUUGAUAGGCAAGAAGGGCCAACACAUCAAACAACUUGCCCACUUUGCAGGAGCUUCAAUCAAGAUCGCCCCAGCUGAGAGCCCAGAUGUUGCUGAGAGGAUGGUUAUUAUUACUGGAACUCCAGAGGCUCAAUUCAAGGCCCAAGGUCGGAUAUUUGGGAAGCUGAAAGAAGAGAACUUCUUCUCAGGAAAGGAGGAGGUCAAACUGGAGACGCACAUCAAGGUUCCCUCAAGCGCAGCCGGCAGAGUCAUUGGCAAAGGUGGCAAGACGGUUAACGAGCUGCAGAACCUGACAAGUGCAGAGGUCAUCGUACCGCGGGACCAAAUUCCUGACGAGAACGACGAGGUCUUUGUGAAAAUCAGCGGGCAUUUCUUCGCCAGUCAGACUGCACAGAGGAAAAUCCGGGAGAUCAUUCAGCAGGUCAAACAGCAGGAACAGAAGCACCAGCAGGGCGCCGCCGUGUCACCGCACCACUCCAAGUGACCCGGCCAGGUGGCUCCAGUGGGCACCAGCCAAUGAAUGUAGCCCUCCCAAAUGGACAGAGACUUACCCAGACUGAGGCCGAGGCCAAGCGGACGUGCGGGGCAGACCAGCAGCAGUGGCACCGGGAUCAAAACCAAAGAACUUCGCUACGGGGGAAACAAGUGAGAGCCAAAGGCUGAGGGCAUUGUGUGCACUGCCAGCCCUGCGAGAGCAGACAGAGUGGGAGAAAAUGUACUCAUAAAAAGACCAAAAAAAACAAAAACAGCGAGAAGAAAGGUGGAAAUGGCACAAAAUUUGGAAAAUAAUGUCUUAUGGGUAAAAAAAAAAAUACAGGAAAUGAUGUUUCGCCCUGCAUAACGUUAUCUCUUUAGUUGGACUAACAUAGGCCUAAACUGAUCAAACAAAUAAACCUAUUAACACGAGUGCACACAAGGCAUUUUGGAUUGACAGAGUGAGUUAGAACAAGAGCGAGUGGUAGAGAGCGACUCCUCUUUGUGAGAAUAUCCUUAGCAGUAUUAAUACAGCGCAGAGACGUACAUCGAUACACACUGAGAGUAUGCACUGUUAUCUUUCUUCUAUCAGAAUGACAGAACAACUUGGUACGGUUUUAAAUAUGUUUGUCGCUUAUUGAGAUUGAGCUGAGACAGCCACAGAAAGCAAUCGAUUUUACCCCUUUGGUUUGCUGAAUUUAAAAUCCCUGAAAGUAAAUCUGAUGAAUGGUUCUGAGUCUUUGUAACAAGCCUGUGUGUGUGCCAACGCAAAAGAUAACGUCCCCUUCCUGGCAUCCCUCACUGUUCAUUUCUCAUGCUUUGCUCUUUUUUUAUUUUUUUAUUGUUCCUUUCUUUUCUGCUAAUUACUGCCUUCAUUGCUCUCAUCUGGCAUUGGGUUCUUAAAAGGUUACACAUUUUUGAUGCAAAGGAACAUAUUUUCUUUGUAGCCUUUUUGGAAACAUUGAACUGACUGCCACUUUAGACAGGAGAAACAGGGGGGUUCAUAUCACCCUCCCAUGCUGUGCAGCGAUGUCAAAAACGGCCCUUAUAACAAAAACAAAAAAAGGCAUUGACGAUCAGAGAAAGAAAAUAAAUAAAUCAACGUCUUAAAGAAGCGGCGCACCUUAGCUGGUGAACAGGUAAUCAUUUGUUUUGAAUGUGCACUGUCACACGCUUGGCCUUAAGGGGACGUCACAAGGGCCAACACAAGGUGAGUAAGACGAGGGCCCAGAUGAGGGGACGGGGUUAGGGUGGGAGAGCAAAAAUAUUUAACGGAUCAGAGAAUAGACAUGGGCCGGUAAGUAAAAAAUGCGGCGGUAUUAUGGUAUUUACACCAAAAUUUUGAGCACAAAUGUAUAACAUGAUAAAAUUAUUUCUAUUUAAAUCCACAAAGCAACAAGUAAUUCUACUGCUACUUAAAUACUGUAACAUAUAUUUACUAUUACAGAUUUAUAAAAUGUUAUCUAUACCAUAUAUUUAAUAUUAUUUUGAAAGAUAGAAUUAAGGAAAGGUUUAUUAUAAGUGCCCACAAAAUUUAGUUGUAGUUUUCCGGAAAGCUUUUCUGGUAAGUUAGGAAAAAGUUUGGGAGCCUUCUUUCACCUAGUAACAGGUGGGGGAUGGGGGACUGCUGAGCUACUUUAUGCUCCAUACAGCCAGCGAAAACUCAGGUCACACUAUUAGUUUCUCUAGCAUCUUAUAAAAAAAAGACUUCAAACAAGACUCUUUGGUGUGGAGGUUGUAACCGAGUAAAGAACCCUUAAAGUGAGUUAUUGUCACUAAAAUUAAUGUGUUUAAUAUUAAAUUAUUAUAGCACAAAGAAGCAAUUUGAAAAUAAACAAUUUUGUACUUUUUUUGUUAGCAGUACGUUUGGCUGCGAGAGAGUGAGAGAGAGCAAGACAACAGGAUGGCUGAAUAGAAUACUUUGAGCUUUUAACCUCGGUUAUGGAAAAUUCUGGAUUCAGAAAUGUUGGUAGUCUUUAAAAAAUCUCUGGGUUAAAAUAAGGGUCUACAUUCUCUAUAGAAUAACCAUGAAGACCGCUCCUAUGAUGAUGCUAGUUAAGCUAGCUACACUACCUGCACCAAUCUCUAAUGUAGGUUGCUAAAGACCAAUUAAAAUGUCAACUUUGCUAUCAUUUUUGCAUUUUUCCUCCUGAUAAGUGGUUGCUUUAACACGUCAAGUUUGAUAAAUUAAUUAAAGGGGGAAAAAACACGUUGGGCUUUAUAUGCCCAUUCAUUGAUUCAGUCAUCAACCACAAUGUAUUUGAAUUGAAAAACGUUGCUUAAUGUGUCAGAUAAUUAUUUGAUAAAGAUGUGAUUGAUUGAAAUUAUGAUUUGAAUUAGUUUAGAUAAAUAUUUUUAAUCACAUCAGACCUCCUGAAUAUAAAUAAUUAAUGGACAUUCACAGGACGGCUAGAAAAACAUAUUUUGAAUCUUGUUCUUAUAUCUUAUUACAUUAUAGUUCUUAAAAGGAAAUCGGAAUCGGCUUAAAUCAGUAUGAGCAGGUCAAAGGUUUACAAAAACUGGAAGUCGGCCACAAAAUUUGACGCUGUAUAUCUCUAGUAGGAACAGAUAGACGGACAAUUAAAGCGAUUUUUUUAUUUUUUACUUUUUAAAAUCUUGCUAUGCCUUGCUACGGGUAACCGGCCCAUGCCUAUUGGAGGGUAGGAGGAAAGGUGAUGGGGCUUGACACCGUAUGAGCUGUGGUACACACACAACCGCAAACGUGACCGCAUCCGCAUUUGGCUUUAACCCUCUCUUUGUUAGGGAGCUUUCUUAAAAAAAAACAAAAAAAAAAAACAGCAUGACAGCUGUGAAUGUACAAUAUGCAGCCUUUUUUUAGACCACAUCACCACUGUCGUGUCCAGCCGGUUGGCCCGACCACACACAGAUUGUCACCCUCUCUUUCACUCUUUCCCCUCCUAACUUGGCAUAUUUUUCAGAAUUGUUGGUGGCCGGCUGCUUCUAUGAGCACUCUGGACUCGCAGGUCAUGGUGUCUUUUCAUGCUUUACUUUAGAGAGAUUGUGGAAGCUUGUUGCCUUAUUUUGUCACCUCUCAAACAUCACCCAUCAGCUUCAUCUUCCAGACACAAGGUUAUUGCCAAUACACACAGCUUCCUCCGUGUGUGUCUGUGUGUGUGUGUGCACGCACGUACGUACGUAUGAGUGUGUAUGUAUAUAUAUAUAAAAACAGAGUAAUAUUUAUGAAUCUAUUUUUUCCUAUUUUGUGAUGAGAUCUAUCGAUAUCGAUAAGAAACAAAAAAGAGAAGUCCUCUUCUGUUUUUCUUUCCCUCCCUCAGUGGGAUACUGCCAUAUUGUUUUGAAGGGAAGUGUUUAUUUUCUUGAAAACUAAGACUAUGAAAAAUAAUAUAAUAAGAAAUUAUAAAAACCUGAAAAAAUAGGAGACAAGUCAAGUGAACCACAGCGUUAACUUUGGUUGGGAUGUGAACAGUGCGCAUGUCAGUAUUGUGAUCUACCUCAGGCUUCAGGGUACCUCAGUCCAAUCUUUCAUUUCCCCCCUUUUUUUUCCACAUUUUGUAUGCCUUGUUAACUAAUAAUUUUGAGCAUUUAAAAAUUUUUUUUAAUGAAACAAAAUCUGUACACCUUCAGGUCCAACCGACUAGUGAAACUUUGCAAAACCAUACUCCGUUGGACUGAGUUUGCAUGGACACCAUGCAACCUCUGAAGACCAUUUUGUUACAAAGGAACGAAGCGUGGGAUUUUAAAUGGUAGACACCUAAGAGAUCAUGGGUAAGAAAGACAGAAAGAUACAAAUCAGCAAGAACCUAACCAACUAUACCUCCUGUUUUUCCCAAUUUUACCUUCAGGUUUUUUUUAUUUUUUAAACUGUAAAUGAAAAAUAAGGACGUUUAUUGACUUGUGAGAUAUAAAAUAGUGUUUUAUACCAACCAGACCUAAUCCUACCAGCUGUUUGAUAAAAACACACUUAAAACUGGGGCGGAUUUUAAAGGAAACAACAAAGCUGCAAAAGUACACUGACAGGACCCUUGAACGCGGUGUAAAACCCUAGUCUGUGCAGAAUGUCAGAACAAGUCUAGUCAUUUGAAAUGUCACUGUGUACAACAAGAAAAACUGUAUAUCUGUAAACAUGUACAAUAGAGUCAUGUGUAUAUCGUUUUCUGUCGUUCUGUGACACAAAGCAUGGCGGGAGAGUUUAGAGUGACACAGCUUUCCCGAAAACUGACCUCUAAAUUAGAUUUUUUUUCAUUGUUAAGCUGUACAUUUCAGAAUCACCAUGGCUGACUUUUGAUUCUUAAAACAGAUGUGGGGCAAAAAAGGAGGUAAACAAACAAAUAAUAUAGUGAAAGGUUUUUUUUUUCUUUAGAGCUGAUUUUUCUUAAUUUGUGCUUAUAGGCAGGCGGACUUGUAGUCUUCAGAUGAGGUGGAUCAUUUUUGUCCCAGUGAACACAAACGUGCAGUACUAUAUUAAAGGUCUAACAAACUCACACAAUGCCUGAGGCUGCCUGCUGUUGCUGCAAGCCUCCCCACAGCCGGUACAGUACCUCAUACUGAUGAUGAGAACUCGCCAGACUUGAUUCAAAGUACCCUGACCUAGCUAAAAUGCAGUACGGUGCUUCGACUCCUCAGACGGUCUGCUUCACCUUUACUAGGGCAUGUGUCGGAGAAAACUACUUUUCAUUGUAGCGCUGAGACUUCUACUGCUCCUUGCAAAGGUACCAGCUUGCCUUUUAAAGCAUUUUGUCACGUUGAAACAACAAGAACGUAUGUAUUUUCUUGGGAUUGUAUCUGAUUAAAACCACACAUGGUAGUGCCUAAUUGUGAGUGCAAGGAAAAGGAAACAUGGUUUUCUCCAUUUUUUUAAAGAAAAAAGCUUGAAAAGUUUAGCAUUCAUUUGCAUUCAGUCUUUUGGGGUAAAUUAGAGCACAUUCUUCCAUGUUUGCCUUGUGGCAAAUUUUAUAUUGAAAUUAACAUUGCUUUCUUGUUACUUUUUCAUAGAGGCAAGAUUUGUGGAGUCCGAGACUAAAGUUGUCCUGUAAUCAAAAUCUCCCACCUGAGCUGUGGAUCUCUGCAGCUCCUCCAGAAUUACAAUUUCCCUCUUGGCUACUUUUUUGAUUAAAGCUCUCCUUGACCAGGCUUUGGAGAGCCCACACAGGAGGCCUAAUAUAGGCCAACUACAGCUAGUUAAUGUCUGUUUAGAGUCAUUGUCGUGUUGAAGCACCUGGUAUUUUACUAUCCACCAUCUAACCCAAACGACGACACUUAGAUGUAAUUAAAAACGUUUAUGAACAGAAAGAAAAAGCCAGAGUUGAUGAGAAACAAGGUUCGGUACAGAAAGAUGGAUGGUCUUAAAAACAUAUUUAUCAGUGACAACCUUAACAAAACAGAAACAAAGUCUUUAGGUUUAAUAUCCGAUAGCCCACGUCAGCGGUGGGACAGUGCUGUGAAAGAAGGAUGGCUUCCCUUUUACCAUUAGAAGGCCUGAAGAUUUACAUUUACUAGGGUUUGAUGAUGUGGACCAUCAGGGCUUAGCCACAAACUUUCUCACAAUGGACGGCUAUGUUUUGGUAGGUUAGCAGUUCUAAAACCAAAUUCAAUGUAUUUUUAAAAAAACACAAAAAGUAACUAGUUCUACCUUAAUGCUGUACAAUGAAACAAUAAAAAGACAUAGAACCAAGACAUGAACAUACAGCAGAGUUGUUAAAAGAAAUAUAUCAUCUUAAGCUGUGCUAAAAGCUAUUGAGAAUGGAUGUCUUUUUAAAAGAGACUUAAAAAGAGCAAGGGAAGACGCCUGUCUAAUAUCUGAAGGCCACUUGUUCCCAGGGUUUGGAACCACGACUGAAUAACCCUGAUCUUAUCACAUAGAUAUGGGGCAGCAAGACCAAAUUAGGUAUUUAUGAGCCAAAAGAAGGAAUUUGAACUCCGUUCUGCGGUGCACAGGCAGCCGGUGGAGAGAGAACAGCGUAGGUGAGAUGUGCUCAUGUCUGCGUCUUCCAGUUAAAAGACUGGCAGCGAGCUGGACGUGCGAAAGGGGAGACCAGACUGACCUCGGAAUGAAGUGCACUGUGGUGGUCCAGACCAGUUAUGAUGAAUACAUGUAUUAUUCUCUCCAGGUCUUUCCUCUACAGAACUGGCUUACGUUUAGGUAUUUGCUAACUGAAGGAAGCUUUCCUGCAAAGCAGAGCUGAUCUAAAUUUUUUUUCAUUUAAAAUCUGGAUCCGUAAUUAACCCCACAUUAGCUAGAGGUAAAGCUCAAGAGAACCAAAGUUGACAUGAAGGAUUUGUGAGGUACUGAUAGGGCUGAAUAAAGUAACUGAUUACUAAUUAGGUGACCUCUGAAAGCAACUGGUUUCACUGGAUUUAAUUUAGGGCUUUUAGAGUAAAUGGGGCUGAAUACAAAUGCACACCACACUUUGCAGACUUUUAUUUGUAAAACAUUGAAAGCCUGCAUUAAUUUCCUUCCACUUCACCACGGAAGCACCACUUUGCGCUGGUUUGUCACACAAAAUCCUCAUAAAACACAUUGAGCUUCUUGGUUGUAAUGUGACAAAAUGUGGGAAAAGGGUUUGAAUACUUUUGCAAGGCACUGUAGUUUGUUUUGAAUCUUCUUUGGAUAUGUUUUAUAGAGCAGUUUUGACGUUGCGGCUCUUUUUCCUGCAUUGCAGAGGACUCCGCAGGUCUCUGUUUCUCUUGUGUUUUUUGGCUCUUCAUAGGCGCAGGUUUCUCUCGAACUUUGAACAGUAGACCUGGACGUUUGUUCAGUACGAGGUGAAACCUGCAAGGACCGUAGCAACCUUUUUAUUUUUUAUUAUUUUGAAGGAUUGGUAUUUCUAGGAAUUGUGGGGUGUUAGGCAUUAAUUUUCAAGUACCAUAAAGAAAGAAAUCCAAUAAUUACACACAUCACUAAGGGUGUACAGUGUUGUUAGUGAUAUCACAGUAGUUUAAAUAGCUAAGGUUUUCUUUUGUUGUCUGUUCUGAUCUGGUUUCUUGUAUUUCACACUGAUUAAAAUAAUGUAGUCUGGAGCUGUAGCUGGGAAUUUCUAACACUUCAUUCCUGUUAGAUCACUACCAAUAUUACUAGUUAUGAAAUGGUGGUGGGAAGAAAAAUCAUCCUAGCUAGGAUUUUUAAACAGAUAAAGUAAAAUAGAUGCACAGCUGGAGUGUUGAGAGAAAGUACCUGGGCCUGACUUAAAUACGCUGAUAGAAAAACUUGUUCUGCCUUUAGGAGAAAACAGGUCAGAGGUCGUUCAGCACCGUCUGAAACUCUCUGGAGCAGGUCAAAUGUAUGCAGAACCACAGCAGUGUUUUUUUGUUGCCCUGUCAUGUUGCUGAGUGGAAAACAUUGCAUGAGAUUGAUGCAGGAUAUCCAGUAUGUACUACACCUCACAUCGCACUAAACUUGGAGUUUUGUUUGUUUUUUUCUUACAUGGAUCCAGUUCCUAUCUGCAUUUUCACCAUCUGGGAGAUCCCUUUUGUUUCUUGAUAGGUUAAAACCCUCAUUGUUACCCACAGGCCAACAGGGCUCCAAAAACCUCAAGGUAAUAAUAAUCAGUGGCUGUGCUAGAGGGACAUCUGAUCCAUUUUUUACUACAACACACGUGGAUCCAUGCCUUUCUGGUAACAACCAAGUUGUUGUUUUGAGUUGUGAGUGUACUGUAUUGCUGAGCAACCUGGAUCUGAGCAAUAAAGAAUAUCUGAAAGAAAA